GUCUCUGACUCUCUGGCUGCUGUGGCGGGAUUCGACGGCGGACUCAACAGCAGCAAACGCCGAUACUCUGAAGCUGGAGUUUAAGAAGAUCGCCGGUGAAACUGACUGAGUUUUCUGGAGUCUCGAAAGAAACUGAAGAAUCAUGAGUUGUGUGAGGGAAGUAGAAUCGAAGAAGCCGGAAACUGAUAUUUCUUCAUCUUCUCCGUCGUCGCCGAAGGUGGAAGUGCCGAAAGUGUUUAAAUGUACACUCUCCAAUAAGAUCAUGGUCGAACCUGUAAUCAUAGCUUCUGGCCAGACUUACGAGAAAAGAUAUAUCACAGAGUGGCUGCGGCAUGAACGUACGUGUCCCAAAAGCAACUUAGUCCUCUCUCACUUACUGUUAACACCAAACCAUUUGGUCGAUGAGUUGAUUACACAAUGGUGUCGAGAAAACAACUACGAUCGGCUAAAACCAUCUGAUGAAAUAGCCACUGAGAUGUUCACUUAUGGAAUAGACUCAUUGCUUCAGCGAAUUUCCUCUCCUUCCUCCUCCGUUUCAGACAAGACAGAAGCUGCAAAAGAGCUGCGAAACCAGACCAAGAAAUUUUCCAAUGUCCGACGUUUCUUUGUCACUGAACUCCCUGACUCGAUCACCCGAUUGCUCAGUCCGCUCUCUGCUUCCGGCGAGGCGGUUGAUUCGAAUCCGGAGCUUCAAGAGAACAUCGUCACAACAUUGUUCAACAUCUCGAUCGUUGAGAAGAAUAAAACAGUAAUCGCUGAAAACCCUCUUGUGAUCCCACUGCUCAUAAAGUUCUUGAAGCAGGGGACACCUGAGACACGAAUAAACUCUGCAGCCACUUUAUUGUCACUUUCAGCUAUUGAUUCUAACAAGAUCAUCAUGGGGAACUCAGAAGUGCUCAAGGCUCUGAUAGAUCUUAUUGAAGAGGGUGAUUCAGCAGCCAGCUUAGAGGCUGCUUCCGUGGUUUUCAACCUCUGUAUUUUAUUGCAGAACAGGGAAAAGGCGGUUUUAGCGGGUUUGAUUCCUGUGGUUACCAAGAAGAUCAAAGAAGGAAGCAAUGUGGCUGAGUUGUUAGCUAUCUUGUCUUUGAUUUCUACAAACAACCGUGCGAUUGAAGAAAUGAGUGAUCUAGGGUUUAUGAAUGAUCUGUUCAGUAUCUUGAGGAAACCGAGUUGCUCAGUGAUUAGUGAGAACGCUGUGGUGAUCGUCUUUAAUAUGUGUGAAAGAAACAGAGACAUGAGUGGACUGAAAUCGCUCAGAGAAGAGGAGAAUCAAUACGGGACAUUUACGAAGCUUGCGAAGCAAGGAUCAGAUCGUGCAGUGAGAAAAGCGGAAGCGAUUUUAAAGUGGCUCAAAAGAUACGAUGCCUCGGAAAAGCGCCACAGAGGGAAUGAAGAAUCACCAAAAAUCAGGUCUUGUUGAUAUAUAAAAAUAGUUUUGCAAACUAACUCUAUUGUUACAUAUAUACCGAUC